UCCUCCUCCUCCUCCUCCUCCUCUCGCCACCUCCACCUCGGCGCUCACCUACCGCGGCGUCCGCCACCGAGAGCGCCUCCCGCUCUCCUCCUCCCCUCUUCUCUCUCUUUGGCAGCCGCUGGACGUCCGGUGUUGAUGGUGGCAGCCGCGGCAGCCUGAGCAGCAGCAGCCCUCGCCGCACGCCAGCGCUCGCUCCGCUCGCCGGCGCCCGCAGCCCCUCACCCAGCCUGCCCGAAGGUGCCGGGCGGAUUCCGGGAGGCGGAAGCCCAGUGGCUGCAGCGGGACAGCGGCGGCGGCGGCGCGCGGCAGGAUGAGCGCACGCGGGGAAGGCGCGGGGCAGCCGUCCACUUCAGCCCAGGGACAACCUGCAGCCCCGGCGCCGCAGAAGAGAGGACGCGGCCGGCCCAGGAAGCAGCAGCAAGAGCCAACCUGUGAGCCCUCUCCUAAGAGACCCAGGGGAAGACCCAAAGGCAGCAAAAACAAGAGUCCCUCCAAAGCAGCUCAAAAGAAAGCAGAAGCCACUGGAGAAAAACGGCCAAGAGGCAGACCUAGAAAAUGGCCACAACAAGUCGUUCAGAAGAAGCCUGCUCAGGAGGAGACAGAAGAGACAUCCUCACAAGAGUCGGCCGAGGAGGACUAGAGCGCGCCCACGUUGGAUUUCUACCUCAGCAGCAGUUGAAUCUUUCCAAGGGAGAAGACACUGCAGUGACCACUUACCUUGCUCUCUAUGGCCAUGGUCUUUCCACUUUCCGCGGGGUGGGGUGGGCGGGGCGGGCGAGGGGCGGGGGCGGGGCGGGGCGACGUCACAUAACCUUAAAAAGGACUAUAUUAAUCACUUUCUUUGUAAUCCCUUCACUGUCCCAGGUUUAGUGAAAAACUGCUGUAAACACAGGGGACACAGUUUAACAAUGCAACUUUUAAUGACUUUUUUUUUUUUUUUUUUUUUUCUUAACCUACUAAUAGUUUGUGGAUCUGAUAAGCAAGAGUUGGGUGGGCGUGAAAAAUGCUCUCGGUUGCUGGGUUUAGUUGAUCGCUGCACUGCAUUGGACGAGGAGCGCGCCACGCUGGUGACGCGGGGCAUUCAUAUAGGAAAAGCGACAAGCUUGGUGUGUGGCCCCGCGGGGGUCUCCAACGCCACCCCCACCCCGGCUCGCUGUAGUAAACCCUCUGUUUAGAACACCAAAGAUAAGGACUAGAUGCUAUUCUUUCCUUUUUGUAUAAUCUCGUAGACACUUACUUGAUGAUUUUUAACCUUUUUUUUUUUUUUUCCUUUCUAAAUGAGACGAAAUGCUGAUGUAUCCUUUUAUUCAGUUAGCAAACCAGAAAUGAUUAGGUUCAUUUUUCAAAAAGGGAAGUGAGCAAAUAAAUGUUGCCAACUCCUAUAUUUAUGGAUACCACACAUAUCAGCAGGAGUAAUAAAUUUACCCCCACCACUCUUUGAUGUUUCAGGACAACACUUUGUUUUCAGAAAAUCUACUUCCUCCAGAGCCAAAAUGCCCUUUAGCAGUAAAUAACACUUGUCAGUCUUAAAGCCUUUGAGGAACCCAGACACGGUCAUGAUCCUCGCUGUAAUUUAGUGAAAAGGUACAACACAAUAACACAAGAUCAACUCACCUGAAUGACGAGGUGGGGAGGACUACAAUCUACAUUUCUUUGGUAUCGUUAAAUGACAACUUUAAAAGCAGCCUCUGUCUCUCUCCCUCCGCCCCUCCUGACCUCCCUCUCUGUCUCUCCUCCUCUCUUCCUGUCUCCAAUAUGUAUCAGUUUUGGUGAAAGACCUAAAUACCACUUACCUCAAAUUAAGCCUAUGUGUUACUUCAAGUAAUACAUUUCGACAUAAGAUGGUUGACCGAAGUGCUUUACGUUAGUUUCCGUUCACCAUCUCUUCACUCAAACUGCACUUUUCGCCAGAGAUGCAAUAUUCCCACUACUCAAUACUACCUCUGAAUGUUACAAUGAAUUUACAGUCUCGUACUUAUUACGUGCUGCUAUACACAAGCAAUGCAAGAAAGAAAACCUUACUGGGCAGGUGAUUUCCAUCACCUGCAGUUCUCUUUGUACACUCAUUACAGUUAAAAGAAACAAUCUCCUUAUUCUGUUUCAGCAUGGCUAUGUAUUUUUCUAUGAUUUUUCAAUUAAAAUUUUACAAAUACUUGUUUCAGCUUCUCUGCUAGAUUUCUACAUUAACUUGAACAUGUUUUUAAUCAUUGGCUCCUAGGUUCUAAGUAUACUUUUCUAUACUCAUCCUACACGAGACACACACACACACACACACACACACACAGAUGUAUAACUUGACUAAUGUUUAAUUACCCUCCAAAUCUGUACCUCAAAUGAAUUGUUUAAGGAAAUAGACUAAUUGAUUUGCAAAGACCUACCUCUGGACUCCAAAAGGAAUGAACUUGUUAUUUGCAGCAUUCACUUAUUUUCUCCAGUGUUUGAAAUGGUUCAAGCUGCAGCUAUCCCUAAUCGAAACUAUUUUUGUAAAGCAUUUGAUAGAGAAGAACCCAUUCUUAUGUACUUAUGCAAAAAUAAGUAAAUAAAAGGAAGCCAACCUUCAAAGAAACUUGAAGCUUUGUAGGUGAGAUGCAACAAGGUCAGCUUUUGCCUAAUGCAAUCAAAAUAUGUUUUUUUAAGAUUAGUUGAAUAUAAGAAAAUGCUUGACAGAUAUUUUCAUGUAUUUUUCACAAAUGUGAUUUUUGUAAUAUGCCUCAACCAGAUUUAUUUUGAACACUUCUUAUGUAGAAUAUUUUAUGCCUUUCUCUCCUAGUGAGUGUGCUGAUUUUUUAACAUGGUAUUAUCCACUGGGCCAGGAGGUAGUUUCCUAUGACGGCUUGUGUCAGUAUGGCUUUUAGAACUGAAGCCAAAUGAAACUCAAAACCAUCUCUCUUCCAGCCGCUUCAGGGAGGUAAUUUCAAAGGCCACAUACCUCUCUGAGGCUGGCAGGUUACUCACUGUUGUGAAUUGCCGAAAAUGCUGUGGAGAGAAUUAAAAUUCAACAUGACUGUUAACUGUGCAUUAGAUAAGCAAAUAAACAGUGGCUCAUAAAAAAUAAAAGUCCCAUUCCAUAUCUUUGGAUGGGCCUUUUAGAAACCUCAUUGGCCAGCUCAUAAAACUGAAGCAGUUGCUCAUGUUGGCCAAACUCUGAGCUCGGAGCAAUUUCCAUCUCUGAUGAAGUUACUCUCUUACUUCCUGUACAUUGUACAAUCAAAACACACUACUACCUCUUAAGUCCCAGUAUACCUCAUUUUUCAUACUGAAAAAAAAAGUUUGUGGCCAAUGGAACAGUAAGAACAUCAUAAAAUUUUAUAUAUAUAGUUUAUUUUUGUGGGAGAUAAAUUUUAUAGGACUGUUCUUUGCUGUUAUUGGUCGCAGCUAAGUAAGACUGGACACUUAACUUUUCUACCAUUUCUGCAAGUUAGGUAUGUUUGCAGGAGAAAAGUAUCAAGACGUGUAACUGCAGUUGACUUUCUCCCUGUUCCUUUGAGCGUCUUCUCACUUUAUUCUUUGUUCUUCAUGUAGAAUUGCUGUCUAUGAUUGUACUUUGAGUCGCUUGCUUGUUGAAAAUAUUUCUCUAGUGGAUUAUCACGGUCUGUUCUGCACAAUAAACAUAACAGCCUCUGUGAUCCCCAUGUGUUUUGAGUCCAACUCUUUGUUACAAUUCCAUUAAAUCAACAAUAAAGUUUGCUUAAAAUAG